AUGCACUGCAUUUUGGUUGUAACCAAACUGACAUUUUAUGAAGAUGGUGCUAUUGAAGCAGAAUGCAACAAGCUGCCAUGUGGUCAGAUAAGCAGUAAUUGUAUUGAAAAACAAGUAAGCUGCAGAACUGAAAGUGAUGUGCUUUCUGGUAUGAAGUGGGCCACGAACGGGCAAAGCGUCCUCCUUCGAUGCUGUCAACUGACGGUUCCAACCAAACUAUACGUUGGUACAGAUCGUGUCACCUUAGGAUCUUACUAUACCGGUGGUAUGGUUGAAGAGAAAGAUUUAUACGGAAAAAAUGGAGAUAUUGAAUAUGAUUUUAUCUCAAACAUGAGGACUGAACAAGGUGCUGUAAGAAUCUGGGUAUACCGCGUUAUGUGUGCAAGAAACUUUAGAAUAACCUCUAUUACUGAAAACUGUUUAAAAUCUUACCAAAGAAUAUCUGUUUUACUGCAGACAACUGGACAGCCAGUCACCAGUUAUUAG